AGGAGAGAGAGAGAGAGAGUCACCUUUCUUUGCUGGUGCCUUGAAAGGGGUAAGAGAGAGAAAAAGUUACCCAAGAUAAAAGGGUGAAAGCCUUAUGAGAAAGAGAAAGGCUCAUGGGCAUCUCCAUUUUCAAACUCAACAGUAGCAGCAUUAUAGUUUCCCAUUGGAGGUUGUGUUCUUGAGAAAGCUUAGAGAGAGCUAGCUUGACUGGCAUUUUCUAAGCUUCCUUCCCCUCUUGGAAGUAGCACAUCAAGAUCUCCUAGCUUUUAAUUAGUAUAGCUAGUGCAGUGUAGCACCAUGAUGGCAUCCUCGUCUUCCUCCUCCGACCUCAGCGCGGAUCACCAGCUCUUGCAAGAUGACCUCCCAUGGCCUUCUUCUUCCCUGCCGCCGCCGCUCGCUCCAGCUCUUCAUCACGCUGUCGGAGGCAACCACCACCAAUGGAGCCAACCACUAAUGCUUGAGCAGUUGAGUUCAGACGAGCUUGAGGCACUCCUGUCAGCACAAGUCCACCAGCAUCAUAGCCAUAGCCAGUUGCUUGCUGCUCCAUUGACAACAAACCCUCAUCAUCAGCUGAGCUCACUGCUGAUGAUGCAAGAGCUAGGGUUCCAAUGGAGUAGCAGCUGUGGCGCCGCCGAUGGAGACUCAAACGAGACAGCGCAAGAUGCGGUCAAAGAGGACGCCGAGCUACCGGGGCCCCUUGCGCUUCCAAGACCGUCAUCGUCGUCGAGCAUGGCUUACGAUGACGACAUGGCCGUUGACGGUGCCGUCGUGCUCCCAAGCGUCAAUGUCUCGCGGCUGCAGAAGAUUCCAUGCCCAGUCGCGGCGGGGCCUUUUGGCGGCCGCGCGGAGGCGACCCUCGAGAUGCUAGCUUCGGCUAAAUUCUGCAAGAGCCUGCUGAGCUGCAGCCAAGCUUCUUCGACGGUGCUGCUCCAUAACGGCGGUGGGACGGCGCCAUUGCUGGGGAUGGGAGAGCAUCAUGUGGCAUAUGGGCUCCCUCCUCCUGUUCAUCGUCUUCAAGGGCCAUCCUCCAUUCUCCACACCUACAACAAGAUGGGUGUGCCUGCUGCUUUAUUGAGCGGAAACGGAAGUGCGCUGCAAGCAGCGGCGGGGAGAUCAUCAGGAGGGGGAAGCCUGCACGAGGAGCAGCAAUUGCAAAUGGUAGCAGUAUCGUCGAAGAAGAAGGCUCGGCUGCUCCACUCGCGGCCCGCCACCAACAACAAUAUCCUCCCUUCUUUCAAGGUAAGGAAAGAGAAGCUAGGGGAUAGGAUUGCUGCUCUUCAACAGAUGGUCUCACCCUUCGGCAAGACUGACACAGCAUCAGUGCUGAUGGAGGCCAUUGGGUACAUCAAGUUUCUUCAAGACCAGGUCGAGACUUUAAGCGGGCCGUACAUGAGAUCAGCCAAACAUAAGAAAGCCAGGACAACACAACAGCGGGGGCUGUCAGACACCGGACAUCAGAAGGAGGAAGCAAAGGUUGAUCUUCGCAGUAGAGGGUUGUGCUUGGUGCCUCUCGCGUGCACAUCCUACGUCACCAACGAGAAUGGCAUCUGGGCGCCACCUAAUUUUAGGGGAAACUAAUCAGUGUUAGCUGCAAUUAAUAGAUCGAUCAAGCACACAGGUGUACUCUGAAAGAAAACAUUAACUGAUUAAUUCCAGAUCUCCUGAGAAAAA